UUGGGCAGUCUUCCACUGCAACUUGAAGCUUGCAGUAGCUUCAACUCAGGCCCUUACUUCUAAGUACUUCCUGUCUUCUCACUGUGGUGCCGCAUCGUGCGAUGGAUGGUCGAGCCACGCCGCCACCUGUGCACCAUGUCCUCAGGCCGCAUCAUAUUGAUCUCAUAGCAAUGUUAUUAUUGAUUUUCAAGGAAUACGAGCUUCAGAAGACCUUGCCCAAAGAAUUUUUGCUCUAUAUGUAUCGAGUUCUCUUGAUGGAAACAUCUGAGGUGAUCGAGCAUAGGUCCCAUCAGCACAUGCUGGGGAUGGUCAAAACCGCGCCUAAUGCAGAUAUGCCCGUGGUGCAGGGACUUAUAGGCGCUCUGGAGAAUGUGGCCAACCAGCUACGAGCGUUUGACCAGCUUACUAACUUCUUCCUCAGCACUCCUUCAAUAUUUGUUGAAAAAAGUGACGAUCAACCGGCCGUUCUGCGUCGAACAUCCCUUUUCGGUUUCUUUGUGCGCAGAUGCUUUGUCAGUUUCAUCAAGCUGUCGUUCUAUGGCGUCGUGCAACUUCAAAAAGACUACCAGGCGUGGGUUGCUGGCUCCAGCAAAGCGGGUUAUGGACCUAUAGAGAAGGACCCGCUUACUUCCGAUAUAUGGCUAUUCAAAACGACCAGUGACCUGAAAUCUUGGGCGCGGCCUGAGCCAUUUGAAGCCUGGGAAAAGGGUCUCGCCACAGGAGAUGGUGUCAUAGGUCCGGAGAAUUUGCGUAGAUAUUUUGAACAGCACUUUCAUGAACACAACGAUUCGGGUGUUCGACAGCACGCGUUGCUGAAUCUGGUACGCAUGCACUAUACUCGAAAGGAAUAUCCUGCUGCCAGCAAGUUACUUCGUGAAGCUAUUGCAGUCGCUAGAACAAGCGGAGAUCGUAUAACGCUCCAGCAUUGUAUCAGUAUGCUUCAUCGCCUGCCAUCCCUGAAUGACACUCCAGUGUUAAACGAGAUUCAGCCUGACCUCCAUCCGAUGGAGGUGUUGUUUGACGUGACAAAGCUGCUUGAUCCCCAAUAUGGACAACCACUGACCUUAUGCUUUGAGAAAUUGACUGAGGCUAUUGCCCUGCACAAUCACUGGGUAGAUGCCAAGCAAGCAAUGCCUCGUGACGCAGACAUAUGUAGUCACAAUGCAAUGCAAGCUGUACUAUGGCAAACGUUAGGAUGCUACGAUCUUGCCAAUGUUGAGGAAUCGUUCGCGUUGUUAAUUACGAGGGCCGGCAAAGACGACCCAAACCGUCUGAACACGCUUAUCAAUCGCUCUUAUAGGCACGCCAGAAACGGGUUGUACUCCGAGGCUUUGGCACUGCUGCUGCAUUCGGAGACGUGGCGCGGCCUUUCAUUGGACGCGUACCACCAAUGGGCGGAAGCUGUUUGGCAUAUACUAGCGUUGAGGACAAGUCGUCGUGGACAACGGCGUUUCUUUCACGACUUUCUCUUACCUCGAAGGCCUUCGUCAUCAACGUUUGUCUCCAAGGAAUAUUUCUUUGACGAAAGCUCGACGGCUCUUCCUGCCUUAAACAUGGAAUUGCAUGAAGUAAUGAAUGCUCGACGGCGUGGCCAAGCGGUGGCUGCGAUCCAACCGCUUCUGCAAUCUCUUUGGCAGGCAGAAUUCCAAGGCAGGUUUCCGCUGUAUAGAUUAGGCAUCAUACUCCUCGCAGAUGUUGGCUUGGAGUUCGGAAUGUCAGAUCACUGUCAGCAGUUGAUUCUAGGCAUCAUGCCACAGAUCUUGUCCGGACAAGAAGUAGAGCAUCGUGCCUUUGCAAACCACACGCUUGCAAGAUGCAUGAUUGCAUCCAUGGAUUCAUCAAAGGCAGGCCUUCGAGAUGCGCUGCCGUGUUUGCUUAUGGCAGAAGCUGACUAUGUGUCCCUGUCCAUGCUAGAAGCCACUUCAGAAGUGCAGCAACUACUCGUAGUUGUCUAUCAUAAUCUCGGUAUGACGGCUGAAGAGGAGGGGGCUUUUGAACGGUAUACGCAGUCAAAGAAGCUGGCUCAAGCUUUCGAAGAGAACCCUGCCGAUCCGGAGGUUGCGAGGGUAUGGGACACAGUUACAGAAAUCGGGAAAUCCUUGGCGUCUAGAUAAACACUGUUUGAUACAGAAUACUUAAAAAGAUGAAUAUCACGCGCGUUCUAUCACGUG